AUGUCCUCGGCUGCCUCUUCCCGCCUUCCCGUUGAUCUGCAAGCGAGACAUCCCUUCCGAGGUCAGUACGACUUCCGUCUGGAUUUUGAUGGCAAAGAGACCGCGAGGGAUUGCAAAUUUUAUGCUGAUAAGACAGGACGUCGGAUCAUCUUCGUCAACAGAGACCGGCCCUUUGUCAUGAGGGCCCUCUUCCGACUGCCGCUCACUCCACUCAACCUCUACAUUCGUAUUGUGCCCCUCUACAUUGCUCAUGCUAGACGUAAUGAAGUGGUUUGCAGGUGCCCUAAUCAUGCGCACCAGUUAGUGACACCGGAAUCGGGCGUGUCUGCAACAGCACUAUCAGAGAUGGAGGCCGCAGAGACGUUGCGCAGUUUCAUCAUGAUUCAAUCACCACUGGCACGCUAUUGUCGUCUGCAGGGCCACCUUACAGUCCUUCUGCCCAUCGACCGGCUGCAAAUGGCACUAAAUCUUGGUCCCCCUCCCGACCACCGAGCCCACCGCCACCACAGGGAGCGAAAGCAGUCGGAGAGAGAAGAAAGACUAGGUGGUGGGGUAUCUGUGCUAACCUCAACACCACCAUCGCAUUCUCAGUCAGUUCCUUCUUCCUCUUCCAGCUAUCCUAUGGGUGUAGCUGCUGAGAAUCUUGUCUGUCGUAUUGGAUGCUACACAAGCUGUUUGGGUGGUCAGACACGUGGUGCUGUGGAAUUGGUGGUGCGAUUGGAAGAAAUGCCCAGAAUUUCGUUCGCUUCAUCGACGGAGAGGGACAACAUCGAGUUCUUUGAAGGAUACUGUGUCGCUAGUUGUUAUGGGUUGGUGUUUAUUUAUGUGAGCACGGGCACUAUCAUGAUUUCGCUUCGAGAAAAUGAGGUCUUUGCUGUUGACAAUGUAGAUGCAACUCGAACUCGCUAUCCUUGUGCCUGUCCGCUGGCUGGAGCACUGGGCCUUGAAGUGACAAUCAGUACAUUCAGUCUAUCUUUCCAUGGUCCGAAAGGCAUGUUCACCAGAGAAAGGUUUGUUAGCGAGGCCAAACCAUUCGGGGAUGGCCUGCUUUACUUCAUCAAUCGGCGCCUUGUUGUCCAACGUGGACGAACUUUUGAAAUUUGUGGAUGUCCUGACCCCCUCCAACCGCCCUCGGUACUGGGUCUCGACUCAGUGGAGGUGCAUUGUUCCUCCACUCCAGCUCGCGACAUCCGCAUCCAUAUCGAGAACGCAGCCUCCUCUUCUGCCCGCUUUAAGUCCUCUAACGCUGUCAGCGGCCGUGGUACUGGCAACAGGAGCAGCGGUGUUCGCCGCCAUGGCCGCCGCGGUCUCUCUGAGCCCUCCAUCUCUACCCGCACCAAACGGCGUCUCACACUGGUUGGCACCAAUGCCUGCACAGCGACUGACGUCGGCAUUAGUGGACUUGAUAGUCCAGUGAAUUCCACUGAAGUCAUCUCCGCUUCCUUCUCCUCCUCCAACGCUUCCUCCGUUUCUAGUUCCGCUUUUAUUGAUGUGCCGAUGGGAGGAAGUGGUGGUGGACCAAAGCAGCGUUUUUAUCUGGUAGCAACCAAGUCGAAGGAGAGGGCAGGUCAGUUGCGAUUGAUGGAUGAUGCCUGGGCGGCAUUUGAUGGGCAUCUUCUCAUAGCAGCUGAUGAGCAGAUUGCCGUUACUGUGGUCGCUAUGGGCAUUGGUGGACAUCUCUCAACCCUCACUAGCUCCAUCUUUCCCAACUCCUCUACUUUCCUCAUGCCCCCAUGUUCCAGUGCUGAGGCUCAUUCUGCGAGUACCGAAAAUUGUGAACCGCCUUGA